AUGCCUCACCAAUGUCCCGCCCACGCUGCUCCGAGCGCUCGCUGCAGCCCGCUGCCGCCGCCGCCGCCGCCGGGGCUGCCGGGGGCGAGGCUCGGUGGCGUGGGGCGGUCUCCUAGCAACUCGGGCCUGGGAGCGCGCCCAGCGCUCCGGGCAGGUUGGGAGCCCCCCGGGGCGGGGAGGGGAACGGGGCAGGACCACGCCAACCCCCCACCCCCCGGCCCGCCGCCGGCCUCGCCUCCCUGGCGUCCUGGCCGGCUGCACGCCCCCCGAGCGCGCCAGCUGCCCGGGCUCUGGGCGGCGGACGCCCGGGCCGCGCACUGGAGCCAAGGACCAGGGCACGCAGCCCCCGCCCCGCGAGGCUGGGCUCCCGCACCCCCCGGCAGAACCUCCCCGCCUGCGCUCGCGGCCGUGCGCUCCACUCGCGGCCAGGCAGGGCGCGGCGAUGGCUCGCGCGGAGCCUGCGGGCGUCGGCAGGCGCUGCUAGGGUGCUCCCGGAGCCGCCUCCCCGGCUGCUGGCGCCCGGAGCUUCCUCCCUGGCCCGCCGGGCCGCGGGGCUGCACGCCCGGGGACGUGGCCUCUCCUGCCCACCUGUGGAAGGAGCUCGCGCCGAUGGCUGCGCCCUCCGGCCUCGCAGGCGUCCCCUCCCACUAA